CGGCGCUCGCCGCAAUCCGGGUCCCGCCACAGGCCGGGCCGGCCCCUUCCGGCGCGCAGCCGGGCCAUGGCGCUUUUACGGCUGCUGCUUCCCCGGGGGCUGCGGGCAUCCUUAGGCCGCCGGCUCCCGCUCGGCCCCGCCGGCUGCCGGCGUCUCAGCGCCACCUCAGCCCGCCCGGACGCUCGGCCUCCGCGCGCCGCGACCAUGGAGCAGCCCGGAGCGGGAGGAAUAAAUCCCAGUGAGGAUGAAAAUGUGUCAAGAAAGGAAAUAUCAGAAGAAUUUGAAAUGGAUACUGUGGAUUCUCUGAUAGACAUGCCAUUUGCUACAGUAGAUAUUAAAGAUGCUUGUGAAAUCACUGAUGUACCUAAAAUAAAAUUAAAGAUAAAUAAGCAAAAUGAGUGUAUCAAGAGUGAUCAGAUAAAGAAGAGGAAAAGAAAAGGGGAAGAUAAUCAACCCAACUACUUCCUAUCCAUUCCGAUUACCAACAAAGAGAUUACAAAAGGAAUUAAGAUUCUACAGAAUGAGAUAAUACAACAAGAUGAGCGGUUGGCCAAAGCUAUGGUCAGUGAUGGUUCCCUUCAUGUUACACUGUUAGUGAUGCAAUUAUUAAAUGAAGAUGAAGUAAAUAUUGGUAUUGAUGCGUUGUUGGAAUUAAAACCAUUCAUAGAAGAAAUCCUCCAAGGAAAACAUCUGACUUUGGCUUUUCAAGGCAUUGGUACUUUCGGUAACCAGGUUGGAUUUGUGAAGCUGGUAGAAGGAGAUGACAUAAACCGACUUUUGAAGAUAGCAGAGACUGCAAAAAGAACAUUUCAUGAAAAAGGUGUCAAGGUGGGAGAUGACCGAAGUUUCAAGCCUCACUUGACCUUUAUGAAGUUGUCAAAGUCACCAUGGCUGCGUAAGAAUGGUGUCAAAAAAAUAGAUCCUGAAUUAUAUGAAAAAUUUCUCAGCCACAAAUUUGGAGAAGAAAUGUUACAUCGUGUAGAUCUUUGCUCCAUGCAGAAAAAGAAACAGAGUAAUGGUUAUUAUCAUUGUGAGUCUUCAAUUAUGGUUGGUGAGUUGGAAAGCGCAUCCUCUGCCAUCCUCCAGAGAUACAGCAAGGAUGUACACAGCUGGCCAAGUGGCAAGAAACCUAUUGGAAUCCAAGACUUAAUUAAUGAAGCUUUGCAUCAAGAAAGAAUGAGACUGAAGUCCAAAGUGAAACAGAUAAAAGAACUUUUAUUGAAGCCUGAGAUUCAGGCUAAUAUUAGGAGGGAGCUCUUUGGAGAAAGGCUUAUUAAUAAUAUUUCAGGAAAUGAUGUUGAUUUCAGUAUGACUUUGACGUAAGCACUAUCUGGUAGAAUAGUUUAUGGUAUAUUUUCAGAUUGCUAAAUAGCUCUUUGGUAAACACCAAAGAAGUAUUGUGAGAGUGUUUGCAUGACAGCAAACCAACACUUGGUAAGAAAUGAACAAUUUCUUACCAGAGAAUAGUGACUUUGCACCCCCCACCCCCAUUAGCUAAACUUGCGUGUUAAAAUGUUUGUUUCUGUAAUGUUGAGUUAUUUCAUAGAAAUCACUUCUUAAGUAGCUGUUGUGGGAUGUUCCUUGGGUCCUUGGAGAUAAAAACAGUGAAAAAUCAUUUACAGACAAGCAACAACAAUAAAACCCAAAGCCAACAAUAGUAUUUUAAGGGUCUCCUGCCCCCUCUUAACCUGAUUGCUAUUGUGAAUCAAGUAAGCAUUCUCUACAUGUUUCUAUAUCUAUUGUAACUUUUAAGUAGAAUUUGAAUGUUUAUUGAACAUUAGUACUUGAAAGAAGAUUUAUAAAUAUAAUAAUUGCCAUCACUGAUUAGGAAUGUUUUGUAAUACCAUGUAUAUUGUUUUUCACUGAUCAAAAUGGAGUUCGUGUUUUCAUUUCUUAACUGUUGAAUAUUUGGGGUUUUUAUUUUCUAGUUCUUUGCGGUUAAGGUCCAGGCCUUACCAUGUUCUUUGUAAUUUGAUUUGGUUUGCACUGAUUGCUUUCUAAAGAGCAUCCUUGAACAACUUUCUGUAUCAUUGGUAACAGCAUUUUUGAGUCAUUGUGAAAUUGCUGCUACUAACAGAUCAUGAUGGUAGAGGAAAUGACUGGACAUCAACUCUAUAAUCAUGUCAAAUAUAAAAUCUACUCAUGGAUUUUUAGCUACUUUUUCACUGGGCAUAUUAUACCACAUUUAUUUAUAAAUGAGUUUAUGCAUUUUCAUGUCUCUUAAUAAAUGGAUUGUUUUCCUG